AAGACCCUGCUGCUGCCCUGGUUGGUGUCAGUCAGAGAGCAAGCCUGGAAGUCUCCUGCCCCUGCAAGGCCAAGGCUGUGGAUACGGAAAAGGACUUACAUGGCAGCGCGUUCCACCAGGGUCUUAAUGAGCUGCAGGAGUGUGCAGCUUUCCAGCUAUUUCACCAAUCAGCUCCUGAGGACAAGAGGAGGAUUUCUAUCAGUGUCUCUGUACUCUAAGGAAGAGUCUCCACAUGAGCAGAUCUCCUCCCUGCCUGGAAGGGACUCAGCUCUAGGAUCCUGAAACCAAACCAAGUAGCAAGAAGCACCCCAAUGAGCGUGGCAGGUUGCAGAGCUGGGGUUAUCACCACACGGUUGAGUUUGCGUCUGCCAGAGCACCCCGAGACCACCCCGCUGGAGAAACAAAGUUCAUCCUCACCUCGGCUGCCAUUUCGGACGACGUUUUGCUCGUUUGUGCAGCGAUCCUGGCAACUGGUGCAACCUGUGGAACAGCGGGGUGAGGAGCAUCCUUGUCCUUACUCUCGGUUUUGACAGGAGAUUGCUGAAAAGAUGCAAAUGCCGCGUUGCUGAGUAACUUUGAGGUGUUCCAGUUACUGACUGAUCUUAAGCAGCAGCGCAAAGAGAGUGGAAAAAACAAGCAGAGCUCUGGUCAGCAGAAUCUGAACACAAUCAUGUAUGAAACACUGAAGUACAUUUCAAAAACACCCUGUCGAUACCAGAGUCCUGAGACUGUGAGAGAGUUCCUUGCAGCAAUGAAAGGCCAUAAACUAACCAAGGCAGAAAAGCUCCAGUUGCUUAACCACAGGCCUGUGACAGCAGUUGAAAUCCAGCUGAUGGUAGAAGAAAGCGAGGAAAGGCUGACAGAAGAGCAGAUUGAGUCACUUCUCCAGACGGUCACCAGUAUUCUUCCAGGGGAUUCAGAAGAACAACAGAGAGACUCGGCAAUGGCAACCGAAGACAAAGGUGACCGAGCGUAGGAGGCAUCUAGACCAAAGCUGGCAACAAUUUUACCAGAAGAGAAUCAACUAAUACUUUUCUUUUUUUUACUUGAUACCAGUUUAAUCUUGUAUUGGACAUCAUUGUAAAAUAUAUUACAAUUUUUAUUGCUUGGAGGUGAUGAGGGAACCAAUUGUUUACAAGAAAGCAUGGAAAAGGACACCAUUGUGUUGGCAUUUUGUCAUAAACAGGAAUGGUAGUAAGUGGGUUUGUAAUGUAGCAGUCUGAAAAUUUAUGGGGCACAGAAUCUGAAGCUUUUGUAUUUUUUCCAUUACCCAUGUAACAGCUGUACAUUUGAAUAGGCUUAUAUACAGCUGGCAAUGUUUUCAUUAUCACAGCAGUACUAUAAUUAUAAUUGCUUUCAUAUGCUUUUGAAUUGCCCAACUGGUUUUCAGAAUACGGUCUACAAUACAAAGCCAACUUUUGGGAGCUGUUUGUGAAAAGGGCUGUUUUCAGUGAGCAGAACAUAGAGCGAUGCACAAGAACUGCUUGGUAUCUGGCCAGAGGCUCUCAAGUAGGCUGUUGGCAUCACGGAAGCGAGAGGAUGUGUUGGUAGGGUAUCUGUUCUCAGGGACGUCUGACAGUCCGUGCUCAAUAAAAGAGAGAUCCAGGUCACCAGCUAAAACAACAUAUUGCCACUGAAAUCAGCUGGGUUGCACCGGUUUAUAGCAGUUGAGACUCUGGACUCAAAUGUUAAGGCUCUUAGUAAUACCAACAGAACAUUUAGGUGUAUAUUUUCCCUUUGAAUGUUUGUUUCGAUAUUUAUCUAUAGCCAAGUCACAGUCUUGUGAACCUGCUGUCGACCAUGGAAUAAACGAAUGAGUCAACACUGAAUAAUCUGUUUUAGAAGAGUGAGGAUCCGUCCUGGUUGAAGCAGAGUUUUUUGUGUACUGAGCUUUUUUCUGAUUAAAGAUUUCAGGAUCGAGUAUUUAACGUUGAAAGCAUUGAUGAUUAUAAUAAAUCUUUUGUAUAUGUACACACACAGUAAGUCAUGAGUUACACAUGGUGCUGGUUUUAUACUGUGACUGCAGACCAUUCUUUUGUAAUUAUUAUGAUAUACUGGAAAUAGAAAUAAAGUUUGAAGUACAUCCUGGG